UUAUUCCAGCUUCUUCCAUUUCCAUUCCCCUUCCUCUUCUCCCUUACCCUUACUCUUUGCCCUUCACCUUCCCCAGCUGUCUCCAGUUCACCCCCAACUUUGUCACUAUGGUGCCAUCUCCGUGUCCCCAGUAUCCCCAGUGCCUCCACUGUCCCCAGUGUCCCCAUGUCCCCCACUAUCCCCAAUGCCUACAAUGUCCCCAUUGCCCCCAUUGCACACAAUGUCCCUAUUGACCCCCUCCAAAAAAAGCACUUUGCACCAGCCCCGUUGUCACCCCCCAUGCCGUGACCCACAUCCUGUAUCACCGUGGCUAGGAGGUGUAUGUCACUCCCCCUCGGAGUGACUCAUAGCUGCCGGGAACCUCACAUAUAAUUUUUUUAGAGGGGACAGGAAGUAUCACCCCCCAACUUGUGGAGCGGUGACGUGUGAAGGGUGAUGGUGGGGGUGGGGAUGUUGGGGUAGGAGGUGUUGGAACACACCCCACAGCUGCAGACACAGCGGAGAGGACAAGUGAGUGCCAGUAUCCCCAUGUUCCUUUGUCCCCUUGUCCCCAUAUACUUAUAUCCCUGUGUCCCCAUAUCUCCGUGUGCCCAUUUGCCCACGACCCCUUGUCACUAUGUCUCUAUGUCCCUGUGUUCCUAUGUCCCCAUGUCCCCAUGUCCACCUGUCCUUGUCACUGUUCCUAUGUUCCCGUCUCCUUAUCCCCAUAUUCCCAAGUCCCUCUAUUCCCAUAUCCCCAUGUCCCUCCCAUUCCUAUAUCCCUGUGUCCCCACCUCCUCCACCUCCCCAACCUUCUCCAUGCUCACACCCCCAUGGACUCACCACAUUUCCAUUCCCCUGCAGCCGAUCACCAUGAAGUCCACUCCCCACUGUCUUGCCUUCUCAAUCUUCCUCCUCUUCCAUCAUCUCCCCAUCAUUUACCCCCAGUGCCACCGUGCCGUUGGCAAAUCCUGCCAUGUCCCCCCUGUUCCUGGCACCGACAUUCUGGGCUCAGGUCUGGAUGUCACCACCAUGUCCCUCACCGAGGGCCAAGUGUUGGCCAUCACCAAACCCACCAGAAGGCACUGCGUUGUCUGCGUGGACCAUCUCCACAAAGGACAGUCCCUCCUCCUCUACAAUGGCAUCAGCAAGUGGCGAGCAGGGAGUAAGUGCCAGCAGAGGUCCUCACUGGCCUCUGGCAGCCAAUCCAUGAGGAAGCUGGUGGCCCAGACAGAGAAGAUCGCGCAGAAUUGGAGAGUGGGGCUGGAGGCAGCCCUCAGCCCAGGGGUGGGGGUCACCCUGGCCAUGGCCGGGUCCCAUUCACGCGUGGCAGAAUUUGGGAUGCAGAAGGAGCGGGAGGACCGCUACUCAUUCGCCAGCACCGAGCUGCGCUGCGUGCACUACUGGAUCUCAGCUUCACAUAAACCCAGACCAUCCCCCCACUUCCUACAUGCUGUUCGAUCUCUUCCACCCCACUUCACCCCUGCCACUGCCCCAGAUUAUGCUGACCUCUUGGCCGCUUAUGGCACCCACUACAUUCACUCAGCCCAACUGGGCGGCCUCCUCCGCUCCAUCACCGCCAUCCGCUUGUGCCGCGCUGCCAUGAUGGGCGCCGGCGCCCAAGAAGUGGCUGAUUGUUUGGGUGCAGAAAUGACAGCCAACAUGAAGUCAACCACAUUCAGCGCCAUGUCCAGUGCGUGCCGCAAAGCCAAGUCAAAAAACAGUGCCCACGGUGCCUUUAAUCAACUCUUUAACGAACGGAUGGUGGAGGUGGAAGGUGGCGAGCAACAUGGCGACCUCCUCUAUGGUGCACCUGAGAACUAUGCCGAGUGGUUGAGCUCCCUGCAACGCCUGCCUGGCUUGGUCGCCUCUAACGUCAGGCCUCUGCACACCUUGCUGCCCCGCCAGGACCCACGCCAGGCAGCUCUGAAGGCGGCCAUCGGUCACUACAUCGCAUGGAGAGCACUGAGGGCGAACUGCAGCCAACAGUGUGCCGGUCAUGGGACGGUUGGGUUGUGUCAGUGCGGGUGUGCAGCCAACCACGUGGUCAAUGCCGACUGCUGUUCCAAACACCGCGGGAUGGCACGGGUGACAGUGACAGUGUGGGAGGGCAGUGGAUGGCGCGGUGAUAUUUUCACCGCAACUGAUGCGUAUGUGCUGCUGUACUUCAGUGGUCACCGUGUACGGACAGCAACGGUGUGGAACAACAAUCGGCCCAAGUGGGGUGCACAGUUCGAUUUGGGGUGGGUGACACUGCACCUGCAUCAAAAGAUGAAGGUGGAGGUGUGGGAUCAGGAUGAUGGGUGGAAUGACGACCGCUUAGGGGUGUGUGAAGUACUGGUGCAGGCCACAGGCAGACAGCAGCGCAACGUUGUGUGUUUUCCGGGAGGUGGUCACCUGAAGUUCAGCUACAGCGCCACGUGUGGGCCAAGUUUGGGGGGUUCUCAAUGUUCAGAGUACAUUCCACAGCCCCCAAAACGUCAGGGGGGGCUCUAUCGGUUGUCACAGUGGCCACCAAAGACUGGAGGUGAUGGCCCUGUGGCAUGGCCACAGCAUGAGGAAGGAGAGGAGGAGGCGGAGGAGGAGGAAGAGGAAGAGGUGGAGAAUUUUUGGGAGGUACUGGGGGUUUCUGAGGGCAAUGAGACGAUGGUUGAGGAUAAGGACCACCAAAAUCCAUCACCAGAUCUCCAAAAUCCAUCAUUCAACCCUCAAAAUCUAUCAGUGGGUCUCAAGAAGAAUCCAGAUCCACAGAUUCCAUUUCCCCGCUAUGGGGCAGCUCCUCCAGCCCCAUAGCAUCCAUCCUUCCUCUUGGUGGUGGUCCCACACACAGAGGCCUUUGGUCCUCCAGCCCCAGCUCCUGUCCUGCAAGUUCUGGUGUC